AAUAUUUAUUUAACCCAAAUUAAAAUACUAUGAAACACAAAAACAGAUUGAUCACAAUCAAUAUCUAUAUAAAUAUAUUCGGAUGACGCAUACAAUGAGCUCAAAUUCUACCGAUAUAAAAUAAUAGGUUACCGCUGAAUAAACUUCCCACCUCUCCAAUCUUCAACGCCUCACAGUGUUCCUUCCCUGUGGCCAUCCAUGUCCCGAACAACCAUCAUCGAACACCUCGUCCUCUUCAAAGUCCGCGACUCCACCGACCCCUCGAAGAUCGAGGCCAUGGUCUCCUCCCAUCGCUCGCUUUCCUCCCUCGACCUAGUCCUCCACCUCGCCGCCGGUCCCAUCCACCGCCGCCGCUCUCCGGCCGCCGAUUUCACUCACUUCCUACACAGCCGUUUCCUCUCCAAACCUGAUCUCGCCGCCUACACCGUCCAUCCCUACCACCUCGCCGUCGUCCACCAGAAUGUCCCGAUCAUCGAAGACAUUUUCGCUGUCGAUUGGGUCGCCGAUCUGGACGGCGAGAUCGUUCCGUCACCGGGAUCGGCGAUGCGGUUUCUGAUAGCGAAGCCGCGGGAGGGGACGCCAGCGGCGGAGAUCUUGAAGGCUAUCGACGAGGUUAGGGCGUCGAAGUUAAGCUGGGGGGUGAAUUUCUCGCAGGUUAGGGCGAAGGGGUAUGAGGUGGGUUUGCUAUUGGGGUUUUCCGGGGUGGAGGAGAUGGAGGGGAUGGACGGGGAAGAGGAGUUUGUGGCGAUUGAGGAGAGGAUUGGGGAUUUGGUUGACAGUGUUAUUGUGGUCGAGGUCGUGGUCCCGUCUUCAGGUCUCUAAUGGCGUUGUACUUGAGGAAAAUAAUAAAGGUUACAUAUCAUUUUUUAAAUGAGUUAA